UUGGAAGAGACACAUUCGUCGUAUAACAUUGAAAGCGUUUACAUCGCAGCCAGAGCAUCGCCUCAAAAUGGGUUUGAAAGAAUGGGAAAAUGACGAGGAAAUUAAAAUCUUCCGCGAAUAUUUGCGAAUUCCCACCGUGCAGCCAGAUGUGGAUUAUACCGCUUGUGUGGAGUUUCUUAAGCGUCAGGCGAGUAGCCUGAAUCUGCCAGUCGAUGUGGUUUAUCCUUCACUGCCGACGAAGCCUGUGGUGAUCAUCAAAUGGGAAGGCAGCCAGCCGGAGCUCCCUUCGAUCAUCUUAAACUCGCACAUGGAUGUGGUCCCAGUGUUUCGUGACAAGUGGACCCACGAUCCAUUCAGCGCCGAUCUGGAUUCAGAGGGUAGAAUAUACGCCAGAGGCACUCAGGACAUGAAGUGCGUUGGCACCCAGUACCUUGGUGCCAUUCGGGCGCUAAAGACCAGCGGUUUCAAGCCCAAGCGUACUCUCUACGUGUCCUUUGUGCCAGAUGAAGAGAUCGGUGGCAAGUUGGGAAUGGCUGAACUUGUUAAGACCGACUACUAUGCGAAGAUGAAUGUGGGCUUCAGCCUGGAUGAAGGAGGAACGAGUGAGACGGACACUUAUCAUUUGUUUUAUGGGGAACGUUUGCGAUGGGCAUUCAAAAUUAGAUUCAAUGGAACUUCUGGGCACGGUUCCCUGUUGCUGCCAAAUACCGCGGGAGUGAAGCUCAACUAUGUCCUGAAUAAGCUGACAGAGUAUCGCACUUCGCAGGAAGAUCUGCUGGCAAAGGACCCGAGCUUGAGCAAAGGGGAUGUCACCACACUGAAUCUCACUCAGCUGAGCGGCGGAGUGCAGAGCAAUGUCGUGCCCCCGUUUUUCGAGGCUGUCUUCGAUCUUCGCGUGGCCGUCACUGUGGACGUGGGGGCCUUCGAGAAGCAGAUACGCGACUGGUGCAAGGAGGCUGGUGACGGCGUUGAAAUUGAGUUUAUCGUACAGGAGCCAUGCGUGGCACCCACUAAGCUGGAUGGAUCGAACCCAUUUUGGGUUGCCUUCAAGGCAGCUUCGGAUGAACUUGGUUUAAAGGUGCAUCCCAUCGUCUGCCCUGGCGCCACCGAUAGCCGCUACAUUCGCCAGCGAGGAAUCCCGGCCAUUGGUUUCUCACCCAUCAAGAAUACCACCUUGAGGAUCCACGACAAUGAUGAAUUUCUGUCGGCUGAUGUGUACUUGCAUGGCAUUGAAGUUUACAAGAAAAUCAUUCCAAAUCUAUCCAAUGCCUAAGAGCAUAUUUCUGAUUCCAAAGAUCUUUCUUAUUGAUUGACCCACCGAGAAGUUCUAGGGACUCCCCGUU